AUGAUCUCUCCGCAAGAACAAAAGACUAUAAAUUCCCUCCAGUCCAACUGGAUCUGGGCCCCAAACUGGAUCGACUCCUCGCCUGCCAACACAGCCGGUAAAAUUGUCCGAUUCACCCAUGACAUAUCUCUCUCUUCCACUGCUACACGAGCUCCAGUUCAUUGCUCUGCGGAUACACGCUAUAAGCUCUAUGUCAAUGGCGUACGGGCAGCAGUUGGACCCGCCCGCGGCAGCCCGCUGAUCUGGUACUAUGACACGGUGGACAUCGCGCCUUAUCUGCGUGUGGGAGAGAAUGAGAUUGUAUUUGUUGUGCUGAGGUAUUUCAAUGCGUGCAGGGGCGCGAUGCCCUUUGAGAGGACGGCCUUUCCAGGGCUGACGGUUGUGGGGACCAUCGAGACGGAGACGGAGACUGUAGAUGUGCAGACUAAGGAAGGGUGGUUGGUGCAGGUGGAUGAGAGUGUUCGCUUCCCAAUGGGACUCGUGGACGAUGUGUUUUUGCAUAUUAACGAGCGGAUUACUCCGACUGUGUUGCAAGAGCCAGUCACGCCGAUGGUGUACGGAAUACGGACGCUGAAUGGUGAUCUGUCUCCAUGGCGUGUACGGCCUCGCCAGAUCCCUAUGCCGGAGGAGUCUCCCGUGGGUGUUGGUCUUGUCCGAAAGUGCCAGAGUGGCAACCAUAUCGACGAAUGGACGGCGUUUCUGAACGCAAAGCAGACAUUGACACUCCCGCCUGGUUCCUUGCAUGUCCUUGAAAUCCAGGCAGAUGUCCAUUCAACCGCGUUCCUGCGGUGGUCCUUUCAAGCUGCGCAGGCAUCUCGCAUAACGCUCAAGAUCACCUAUUCGGAAGGAUAUGAGCAAGAGCCACGGUCAUACCCGUUUUUCCGCACAAAAGCUGAUCGACUGGACGCUGUGAAUGGACAUCUGAUUGGGCCGUAUGACGAGGUGAUAUAUGAUUUACCAGCGGGAAAGGCGGUCGUCUAUGAGCCUUUCUGGUUUCGGACAUUCAGACUGAUCCGGCUUGAGAUCACCAGUGGGCCUGCACCAGUUGAGCUUCUGUCAUUCAACGCUACCCAGGUCAAUUAUCCGAUGGCUGUCAAGGCUAGCUGGCAGGAAGAUGGAGACAAGUACAGCGAGAGGAUCUGGGAGGUCUCUAUCCGCACGUUGCGCAACUGCAUGUUCGACGGGUACUCCGACUGUCCGUUCUACGAGCAACUCCAAUACUCUGGCGACAGCCGCUCCGUCGGUCUAUUCCACUACCUCCUCUCCGGCGACGACCGGCUCAUGCGCCAGGCGAUCACCAACUUCGCCGCCUCCGUCACCCCAGAAGGCCUCACCCAGUCCCGGUUCCCUUCGCACGUCCCGCAGAUCAUCGCUGGGUUCUCCCUCUACUGGAUCCUCCAAGUCUGCGACCACCACCUCCACUUUGGCGACACAGCCUACGCCCGCUCGUUCCUCCCCCGCAUCGACGGCGUCCUCGAGUUCUUCCACGCCCACAUCGACCCGCUCGGGCUGGUAAGCAACCUCCCAGAUGACGUCUGGCAAUACGUCGACUGGGUGACAACCUGGGGCGCGACAGACACGCAUCCAGACAAAGGCGUCCCCACGUCGGGCCGCCAAUCAAACCGCCACACCUUCUUCAGCCUCCUCUACGCCUACGUCCUCAACCGAGCCGCGCAGCUCCUCCACGAUGUGGGCCGACCCGGUCACGCAGCCGAGUAUACCGCACGCGCGGAGGCCGUCCACGCCGCCGUCCGCGAACACUGCUACGACGGGCGCUUCUUCACCGAUUCCACGGCGGAGAUCGCCGACGCGGGAGCGUACUCGCAGCACUGCCAGGUGUUCGCUGUAUUAUCUGGUGCGGUAGCGGAGGGUGACCGCGCGCGUCUGCUGACGGAGAGUUUUGCGGAGCCCAGCUUCGCGAAGUGCUCGUAUGUGAUGCAGUUUUAUGCGCUGCGGGCGUUCUCAAUGGCGGGGGAUGAGGCAUAUGAGGCGUAUUGGGGACGGGUGUGGGAUCCGUGGCGGCGGAUGCUGGAGUGUAAUUUGACGACGUGGGAGGAGGAUGAUGUGCGGCAGCGCUCGGAUUGUCAUGCUUGGGGGAGUGUGCCAAUCUAUGAGUAUUGUACGGAGCUGGCUGGGGUGAGGGUUGUGGCCCCUGGGGCGACGAGGGUGUUGUUCAAGCCGCGGUUGAGGCUGAGUAAGGGCAUCUUGGCGCCAGUGGCAGUGGGUAAGGAGAAUGUCGCGACGGUGAGGUGGGAGACGGCGAAUGGUGAGAAGAGGGUGGAGCUGAGGUUUGAGAGACCUGUCGAUGUUGUUUCUCAGAUGCCGGGGGAGGAGAAGGUUGAGCAUGGAGUGGUGCAGUCUCUUUUCUUUACUUGGAUAGACUAG